AUGAAGUUAUCUACUUUAUUUACAUUAGCCACUACUACUACUACAUUGGUUACCGUUACCAUUGCCAGUCCUGUGGCGGUGAUGGAGAAAAGAGCCAUUAAUGAAACUGCAUUAUCCGAAGAUAUCCCAGAUACCAAAAACAAUCAUGUUCAAACAUCAUAUGGGAACCCAUUUGCCAUUUAUCAACCAAAAGCAUUUAUUAUUUCCAUGUUUAGUUUAGAAAGAGAUCCAUGGUUAAAAGCUAUGGAUUUUGUUCAUAAUAUUACUAUACCGGGAUUAUCACCAGUUUAUCCUGAUAUUCAUUGUACGACAAAUUAUACUAUUUGUCAAAUCACUACUGGAGAAGGGGAAAUUAAUGCUGCUAGUUCAAUUUCAGCAUUAACUUUAAAUCCAUUAUUUGAUUUAACUAAAACUUAUUUCUUAGUUGGUGGGAUUGCUGGUGGUGAACCAAAUUAUACUACUCUUGGUGGAGUUACAUUUGCUAAAUAUGCCAUCCAAGUGGGAUUAGAAUAUCAAUUGGCUUAUGAAGAUUAUCAUAAAACUAAUCCAGAUUGGAUUUCAGGUUAUAUUCCAUAUGGUACCGACAAUCAAAAUACUUAUCCAGGAAACGUUUAUGGUACUGAAGUUUUCGAAGUCAAUGAAAAAUUAAGAGAUAGAGCCGUUGAAUUAGCUUCUAAAGUUCAUCUAAAUAAUGGUACUGAAGGUAAUGCCAAAUUUAGAAAAUUAUAUAAUGAAACUGCUGCUCAAGGAUUACCUAAAGUGGUUAAAUGUGAUUCUUUAACUAGUGAUAAUUAUUUCACAGGUAAUGUAUUGAACGAUUAUUUUGCUAAUUUCACUUCAUUAAUGACUAAUGGAUCGGCUACUUAUUGUUCUACUGCUCAAGAAGAUAAUGCCACUUUAGAGGUCAUGACAAGAUUGGCCAAACAUGGGUUGGUAGAUUAUGAUAGAGUUAUGAUUAUGAGAACCAUUUCUGAUUUUUCAAGACCUCCUCCAUCCAUGUCAGCUUAUGAAUAUUUCUUCAAUAGAAGUGAUGGUGGUAUUUCCGCAAGUUUAGAAAAUUUGGUUAUUGCUGGUACCCCAAUUAUUCAUGAUAUUGUUCAAAAUUGGGAAACAGUUUAUGAAAGUGGUGAAAAAUACUCUUCCAAAAAUUAUGUUGGCGAUAUCUUUGCAACCUUAGGUGGCAAACCAGAUUUUGGUAAAGAAUCAUUUGAUACUGCUUAA